CGAGAGGGGAACAGACACAGUGGGGUGAGUGGGAUUUGUCUGUAUCGAUGGUGAUUGUAGUCCUUCUCAAUACUAACGUGUGGUUGACUGCAAACUUUUUGCGCGGAUCCAUUAAAUCGACCAGUAACUACUGCAGCACCUCAUUCAGCGUGUGCAUCCCGGCGUGUCCAGCAUAAUUGGGACACUGGUGACCGUGUAUUGGGGAACCUUAUCAGCGAUCGAAUUUUUAAGCAAGGACGUUAAUCCCAUUUACAGAUCUUGUAAGUUGUAUGGUUUAGCCAGGACGUCGAUAACACUACAUGUAAUGUCAACUUCACGGGAGAACCUCAUCAGAGUAGCUUAAUAGCGCAAUCGAACCAGAAGGACUACAUUGGUCUAAAACUAAUUGAUGCCCAAAGACAGAAACGAAGGGAGACCGUGUAUAUAUUGAUACUACAUGUAGCUUAUUAUACAUGUAGGCAGUGAAAACCCUGCCAUGAGAGGGAUGGCGAGAAGGGUACUAGUUUAGUUACCUGCUGUGAGCUGCUCUGAUGUGGUUUGUAAGUGAUCCCUCAAUUCACUGUAAGUACAACACCAUCCGUGUUUACCUACCGUCGUGUGAGACAGUCAACAUUUUCCUCGUACGCAGGAAGCAGUACAAUCCGUGUGAUCGGGGUAAGACGUGUUCCCUACAGUGAGUGCUCUAUGUUGAGAAAGAUCACUCAACUACUUGUGGUAAAGUGAAAGCGACAGCUCUCCCGUUAUCAACAACAAGCAGGUGGUACCAACACAUCAUAUCGACCCAAGGAAUGACUACAAUUCCCUUCAGACUUGCUGCAACCCAUCUUAAUUUAAAGGAGUCAUACUUGGCCGCAUUUUCUUGACACCGAGACCAAAGGACAGAGGAGCAUUGUACUUCAUGGUCCAAUUACACGAAUAGGAUCAGCACGGUGCUUUAUUAAUGGCUAUUCUGUAAUUGACUGGGUCCCCUUCCAUUGUGACGUGCUGCACCUCAGUAUACGACGCUUCAUUGCAACACACCGGUGUUUACAGACUUGAUGAAAGAGUAUCAAGACAUCAUUAUACCAAUAGACAUGUCCACCCUCUCUGUCAAAGCAAAGCAUGGAUCGGACCCUCCACCGAACAUGUCGCCCUCUGUGCGACAUAAAGUGCAUGCACCUUCCAUGGAGAUGACACGAGCCAAAGCCAUCAACAAUAUCGAGGAGCAACAGUUGACGAAGAAACUCCGAGACCUGGAGAAGCAGCAGAGUAAGAUGCAGUCAGAAAUACUGAAUCUCAGAGCUGCCCUUCUACCAGAGAUUAAAGUGACAUCGGCAUGGGAAGACAAUACACCGAGCGGUUCGUCCAUCGUAACCAACCCAGAUACUGAUCAGCAAAUACACUCCGAUCCUCCAGGCUUAAGCUCCAUGGACAAUAAGGAGUUGCCUAGAGAGAGGAAGCGUAGUGGAUCACUUCCACCACUUGCCAUCCGUAAAGAGAUUGAACAACAGAGACAACGAACGUCUUCAGAAUCAGCUGGUACUGGGACUUUAUUUGCCCCCACUCCGCCGUCCAACACUAGCGGUAUUCGGCGGGCCAGGUCCAUGAACGAAAUAAACGGACGACCACGCCCAAGACCGCAAUCAGCUCAUACCUCGGCUACUACAGCCGGCAAGCAAGGUAGACGCGGGAGCAUACCGAGAACACAGAGUCUCAACUCAUCCACAGAGAGUUUACCUUCAGAUCCAUCAAAGACCAUAUCGUCACCAAAUAAGACCAGCCCUGCUGGGUCUACAGAGGACAUAACCAGACCACGAGCGCAGACCCUCCUCCCUCUAAGGAAAUCCAAGAGUACUUCCAAUAUCAACAACGAAGUUCGUACUCGUCGUGUCACCGUAGAUACGGCGGAUCUCACAAGACUGGAUAAAAACAGUAUCUUCAAAAAUCCAUCCUACAAUCCCGUUCUUUUGAACCCAUCCCAACAGCGUGCAGCCAACAGUGUGACCCAUCGUAGAAGGGCAACAUGCCCUGUUCGAUUGAGUCAUCUCAGCCCGGAUGGUAUCAUGCCCUCACCGCCCGGAAAAUCUACCCCGUCUCUGCAAGACCAAUUUGAGCAGCUCAAGGCCUGCAGGUAUCUGCGUGUUCCGUCUGAAGAAACGGACUAAGAAAAAAUUAUAUGGUCACGUAAAAAAAUUCACUGAGGACUGUCACUUGGACACUGAGUCAGCAACAAGGAAAAUAACCUACCACAAACGAAAAAAAUGGAAAGACUUCUCCGUUGUCAUAACUGCCAAGUAAAAAUACGUACACUGUGGUUGCUGAAAGACUAAGGUUAUAUUACAACCAUAUUAUGUAUAUUUCAAUUUGAAAAUAACCCCUGACAUUUUACCAAUAUUUUAUACAAUGUAGCUAUAUUUUGAGCUUCAUAAUUAAAACAUUCGCGAAUAUUUUAUCCAGCCCCUUGGCUUUUGGUAAUUAGGGGGAGAAAUGCAUGAUUCUUUUCUUCCAAACAUGUUGAAACUAGAGAGCUGCUCUGAAAGUGACGUAAACAUCUUCGGCGAAGUGUUUCUUUUAAUGACAACCAUUAUAAUAUACCGCUCAAAAGUGACAUCAAACCAGUCCUAAACAUUCGCAUUAAGUGUCUAAACUAUUAUAAUUUGAACAAGAGAUGUGUAUGCCGAUUUGUAUAUCUGCUGAAUCUGAAAGUAGAGCUGUACAUUUUGCUAUUUCACUGAAGUGCGUUAAAAGUCUCAUAUACGAGAGAGGCAUCGUAAGUGCAGAUGCACUUGUGUUCUUACCUAUUACGGAGAGCCAGUUUUUUUUCUAAAUGCAUGUAAUUACUUUAUGCAAGCUUUUAUGUUAAUCAAUUAAGUAAGGUGACUUCAAACACGAUGCUGUUUUAAAUAAGAAAGAAUGUUGACUGUGAUGUGAAAGUUCCAGUAUCUGACACGGCGACAGGUUUAUUUAACUUGCCCCCUUACGUACAGUACUGUACAUGUUGACAAUUCCAUGCAGUUUCAGAGUCGUAAAACUGAAGACAUUCCUUUUUUUAGAACAUUUCUAAAGCUAAGUUAAAGAAGGUGAAAGAUCUUUCUUCUGUACUUGACUGUAGGGGCAGCUUAAAACUAAAAAUAACUGUUUUGUACUGCAAAACCAUCCGAAUUCUCAAGUGUUUCACUGGACUAAAAUAACCUCUUUUUUUCUAGAAAAUCGACCAUCAGAAACUGUUGACUAUAAGAAAUGUCAUGAUUUACGAGCCUAGGGUCAAAGCGCUCCCAGGACCAGUCCUACGCAUACCUGUCAAUGAUAUAUCGGAGAGAAAAACGAAGCAGUUUCCUUCGUCAUGUGCCUGUGCCUUUGCCCAUGGAAGAAAAUGGAUUUGAUUUGAAAAAAAAGAUGAUUCUUUAGAAUUUCUCGGUAGUGUUUAGAGGGGCAAGUACUCUUUCCUUUUAAAUCAACAAGGAAAAUGUUAGGGCUUUAAUGUUGAACAAAUAAACGGACUAGUCUGGUGUCAUUCCAGAAUUAUUUGUUUAAAUGCAACAGUGAUAUAUAAUGACGGAACAAAAUAAUUUCCCAUAUAUUUGCUAUCAAAUUUUUGAUCGACAAAUUGUACUAGUACUCUAUUAAAGGUCUCUCUGAAUCCAUUUACUU